AUGUUCGACAUUGUUCUCGAAAUGUGGGGUGGCGUUGGGGUGGUGUCUACACCCGUCUUCUUCGCAAAGGAAAACGUAACUCCGCUUCCCAAAAAGGGGUCUGAAAAAACCUAUAAAAGACUACCUACAAUUCCUCGAGUUAUCCAGAACACAAAGCUAACUGCCUCAGUUCACCAACACUCUCAUCUAACAGCUACCAUGUCUUACGUUCACCCCUACGGUUCUACCCUCCCCGAAAACGGCGUCAUCGGCCGUGGUUAUGCCCUCAUCUCCGACAGUGGACGCGUCGAAUUCAGAGUCACCAACGACGGUAACAUCCAGCUUUUCCUCGACAAUAGUAGGAAGCUCUGGUCCGUCGAUGGCAAAAACGCGUCAUUCGUAAAGAUGCAAACUGACGGAAACUGCGUCGCUUACGAUGCCAAUGGCACCGCAGUGUGGCACACUGCGACCAACGGCGAUGACCACCCCUACAACCUCGUUUGCCAGAACGACGGAAACUUGGUCGUCUAUGCCAAGGGUGGUAGAGCCGUCUGGCAUACCAACACUGCCGUGGUCCACUAAAUUGCUGAGACCGUUGUUCAAUACCUACAACCAAUCCAUUCAGGACUGAGAUUCGAUAAAGAGAAGUGAAAUUGUGUGGAAUGUUUCGUUAUGACCAGUUGUGUGUAUAAGGAAGCCCCGCCAAAAGUUGAAUGAAGAUGUACA